GUGGGUAACUGUUGUAUAACAUCUGUCAUGGUCGCGAGUAUCUCAGGAAUAUCCAGUGUCCAACCGCUUAAUACCAGUGAUAAGAAACAAGAAAUCCUUGAAAAUUUAAUUAGAUUAGCUAAACAAGAGCAAGAAAAAGGUAAUAGUUCCAUCACUCCUGAUAAGUUAGAUAAACUAUCUUCAUUAUUGAAUAAGAACCAGCAACCACAACAAGAACAACCACGAGAAUAUUCCAAAUACAAAAAACUUCCACUUGUGCCUAAACCAAAGUACCCUUCCAUUUAUAAGAAGUUUAAUCUUAACAAGGAAGAAUCAAAGAAAAAAAAGAAGAGAGCCACCCCACCAAGGAAGUAUCCCAGAAAUACCAAUAGCAAAUUUUCAUUGAAAAAAAUCGAACACUUUGUAGUGGAAAUACUAGAGAAUUUAGCAAACAUUCUUGAUAAUUUGCAUUUGUUAUCCAAUUUACCAAUGUUUCCCAAGUUUUUACUUAAAUUACUAAAGCAAACCAAUAAGAUUUGGGUAUUGAUUUUAGUAUUUUUGAUUAGAAAAACCAUCUCACAAUUGCUCAAUGUUGUUCGUAAGAUUCAGAAAGUUGAGAUUGAAUAUAGCUUGCUAAACAAACAAGCUGAGAAAACUUCCAGCAUGAUCCAUGAAGAUAUUUGUAAGAAAUAUAACAAAGUCUUGAAAGAUUUGAAGUUUGAUAAAGUUAUGUUGAUAAUUGAACUAAUUGGUAAUUUCUUGGAUUUAUCAUUUAACUUAAUUGAAUUAUAUGGUAUAGUAUUACCAGAUUGGGUAAUGGGUGGAUUGAAUUUUGCAAGUAUGGCCAUGACCAUAUAUAGAAUGAAUAAGGAUGAUGAAUAUUUAGAUGAUGAUAUCACUGAAGAUUUAAUAUAAGUACUUUAUAGUCUAUUUAAUACAUCUUGGCAUACUUAGAACACCGGUGCCUUGCCACCGACCAUGUAAGCAACAAACGUGACAAAAUUAGGCACUAUCUGGUAGCACCAAAAUACCAUUACUUAGCCGCCCCUGACUAAGAUACUUUAUUAAAGAAAGAAGAGUCAUUAAUGUAUGAGAAUAAGAUCAGCUUUAAGCCACAAACAAGUAGACAGACAUCUCUGUUAUAUUUGCUAUUGCAUCCCAAUGCCUAAACUUCUAAGCAAUGUUAGUGC